AUGCUCAAGUGCUUGCCCCGAGUUGAACCCGCCAGCCUGUCGUGCCUCGUCCGAAAGUGUGUUUCACGCGGUGUAGGCAUCAGGUAUUUGCCACGGGGGUCCCGACGUUUCGCUCCAUCUGAUCUGUCCAAUCAACUCAGUCUGGAAGGCGAGCCGGUCUUCUCAACUCCAAAGUACCAGGCGACCGCAAUCGACAUCGUUCCUGGGGAGGUUCCCAGUUGGGGCCCGCUCUAUCUCCUCGCCGGCCCCGAGCUGAAGGCACUCCGCGACUACUACCUCGACAAAAAGCUGGCCAAGGGCUACAUCCGCCCUUCGACCUCGUCUUGCUCGUCUCCGAUUCUUUUCGUCAAGAAGAAGAGCGGUGAGCUUCGUCUCUGCGUCGAUUUCCGGCGUCUCAACAAGGUCACGAUCAAGAAUCGUUACCCCCUGCCGUUGAUCGAUUCGCUCCUGUCUCAGCUCUCUCAAGCUCGACACUUCACCAAGCCCUAUCUGCGUUCUGCAUACAAGUUGGUUCGCAUCCGCGAAGGUGACGAGUACAAGACCGCCUUUCGCACUCGCUACGGACUUUUCGAAUACUUGGUCAUGCCUUUCGGUCUAUCCAACGCGCCCUCUGUGUUUCAGCACUUCAUCAACGACGUUCUUCGCGCAGAAGUCGACCGCUUCGCCGUCGUCUAUCUCGACGACAUCCUCGUAUAUUCCAAGACGCUUGAGGAACACAUCGAGCAUGUUUUGAUCAUUCUUCAACGCCUCCAAGACGCCAACCUUUACGCCAACGCUUCGAAGUGCGACUUCCACCUCGCCUCUGUCGAGUAUUUCGGCUACGUCGUCUCGACAGGGGGCAUUUCUAUGGACUCCGCCAAGGUCCGCACCGUGUUGCCAUGGCCUCAACCCGACAAUGUCAAGGCCGUCCAAUUAUUCCUCGGAUUCGCCAAUUUCUAUCGGCGCUUCAUCUCCAACUACUCCAAGAUCGUCAAGCCCCUUACUCGGCUUACUCGCAAGGACACGGCCUUUGCCUUCGACGAUCAGGCGCUCAACGCCUUCACCACGCUCAAAAGCGCUUUCACUUCGGCUCCGAUUCUGGCUCAUUUUGAUCCCUCGCUUCCUACUGUGGUCGAAACUGAUGCAUCGGAUUAUGCCAUUGGCGCUAUUCUCUCCCAGCAGGGCGCCGACGGAAUCCUUCAUCCUAUCGCGGUCGAUUCCCGAUCAAUGGCCCCUGCGGAGCUCAACUACGAAACCCACGACAAGGAGCUCCUCGCAAUAUUCUGGAGCAUCGGUCGCUGGCGCCACUACCUCCUGUCGGUCCAAUCCCAAUUCACCGUCCUGACCGACCACAAGAAUCUCGAGUACUUCAUGGUAUCCAAGGUUCUCACUCGACGCCAAGUUCGCUGGGCUGAGAUGCUCGCGGAAUUCGAUUUCAUCGUCAAGUACCGCCCAGGCGUCCAAGGUGGCAAACCCGAUACUCUCAGCCGCCGGGACGACGUCUACCCCAACACAGGGGGGGAGCAUUCGCUGCAAACAACCCGACGAACACUCGAGCCGUUCUGCAACAGAAUCGACUCGCCACUGCUUCAACAAGUUCUACUCCAAUCGACGAGGACAAUUCAAGUUUCCUGACUAACAUCGCUCAAGCACAAGCCAAGGAUCCCAAGCUUCUACCAAUCAUCCAGGCAUGCCGCAACAUAACUCAGGAGAAUGCUGACUUCAGUCUCGCCGAUGACAUUCUUCGCUUUCAAGGUCUCAUCUACGUUCUGGACGAUGGCCUUGGAGCAACUCGAACGCGGUGACGAUGCACAGCAACUUUUCGCGCAUGUCAUUACGACGAAUCGUCGCCUCGGUCCGCUCCUCAACAUCGCCUCCAUCCUCUUCAUCGUCCUCGUCAAUGGCAUCCACCUCGCUAUUCUUCGUCGUCGUCACGAUCAUCCGACUCACGGACACCCGGGACGCAGCAAGACUAUUCAACUCAUCAAGCGCACAUUCUACUGGCCGGGCGUUACCACAUUCGUCACGAGUUACAUCUCGACAUGCCACCCGUGCCUCCGCAACAAGCAAUCGCGCCACAAGCCUUAUGGACUUCUCCGGUCUCUCGAGGUACCGGUACGUCCUUGGGCCUCCCUAUCCAUGGACUUCAUCGACCAGCUUCCGCCCUCGGAUGGACACAACUCGAUCCUCGUCAUCGUCGACCGGUUCACCAAGAUGGCUCGAUUUCUUCCAACCAACACCUCUCUCACCGCCGAAGGUCUCGCCGACCUCUACGUCACCAACAUAUUCUCUCAACAUGGCGUUCCGCACGACAUCGUUUCGGAUCGCGGGACUCUCUUCACCUCAAAGUUCUGGUCAGCCCUUUGCAAGUCUCUGGGCAUUUCUCGCAAGCUGUCCACUGCCUAUCACCCAGAGACCGAUGGCCAGACCGAGCGUGUCAAUCAGGUGCUGGAGCAAUAUCUUCGACUCUACACCAACUACCAACAAUCGGAUUGGUCUCGUCUGCUUCCGAUGGCCGAGUUCUGCUACAACAACACUCCCCAUUCGACGACGGCCAUGUCCCCUUUCUUCGCCAAUAAGGGGUACCAUCCGACUCUCGAGAUCGACUUGGUUCCGACGCUCGGCAGUUCGCAUCAAAACUCGAUUGCCGAUCUUAAGGAGCUUCACGCCCUCUGCCGCGACACCAUCCAGAAGUCUCUCGAACAUCAUCAAGUCUACGCCAACCGUAAGCGUAUCCCCUUUCCUUCUCUCAGCGCAGGCGAUCGAGUCUUCCUCUCGACUCGCAACAUCCAAUCGACUCGCCCGACUCGCAAGUUUUCCGAGAAGCGCAUUGGCCCCUUCGUCAUCAAGCGCAAGCUCUCCGAAGUCGUCUACGAGCUCGAACUUCCGCUUCAAUACCGCAGCCUCCAUCCGGUCUUUCACGUGUCUCUCCUGACCCCGUGUCCCAAGGAGAAGAUCGCCAACCGCCGACGGCCGCCUCCGCCUCCGGUCUCACUGAUCGAGGAAGAUCCGGCUUACGUGGUGGAACGCAUCCUCGACUUCCGAACCAUCCGCGGCAAGCCUCAAUACUUGGUAAAAUGGCUCGGAUAG